AUGGUGGAUGAUCCGGACUGGGCGGCCAUUGAGGCCUCUCUCAUCCGGUGGUUCUACCUCACCGUCUCCCCGGACAUCUUCCACACGGUCGUCUCGGAGGAUGACGACGCGUGUGCCGUAUGGACCAAGAUCAACAACCUCUUCACCGAUAACAAGCUUCAACGUCUUGUGUUUUUGCAGCAGGAAUUUUUCGGGUGCCACCAAGAUGAUUCCUCCAUCGAUGACUACUGCAUGCGUCUCAAGCGCCUCGCCGAUGAGCUCCGUGAUAUCAGCGCCAAGGUGUCGGACGCGCUCAUGCUUAGCACCCUCACCGCCGGCCUCAAUGAGGACUUCGGCAACGUGGCUUCGAACCUCUCCCUGCUGCCAAACCCGACUUUCCAGUCCGUCACCGCGUACUUACGCUUGGAGGAACAGCGGAUGAAGAAGGUCAAGGCCCGCGUCCACCACACCGCCCUCGCCGCCGGGACAUCUCGCGGGCCGCCGCAGCCCGCCCCACCCCAACCGCGUCCGCCGGCGCCACCGGGGUACUACCCCCUCCCGCCCACUCCGCCCGCACCUCCCGCUCCUCAGCAGCAGCAGCAGGGCGGGGGCGGCGGCCGCCACAACAGGCGUCGUGGGGGAGGGGGCGGCGGUCGUUCCCAGCAGCAGCAGCACCAGCCGCCCGGGUACGGGGGGGGGGGGGCAGCGCCAACAUCAGCCCUCCCCGCCCUGGGCCGUUGGCCCUAA